AUGAGCAGUAUACCUCUGACUGUAUCCCGCACCGCAGUACUUCGCCAGUAUUCAGCCGUCUCUUUGACGUUUACUUCGAGACUACAACGAUGCCAACGAUGCGCUUCCACCACGACCUCCCAAACUCCUUCCGACAAUAAAUCUGCCUCCACGUCUGAGUCGGCAGCAAAGCAAGAUCGACUGGAGAAACUCAAGAAAGCGUACAAGAGCAUGGCAGAGGCAGAUGAAGAGAUGCGCAAAGCCAUGGAAAAUCUGGCUGGUGAUGGCGGAGAGGCUGGACUCGAACUGGAAGAUGGAAAAGCUGUCUCUAUGAAAAGAGGUGUUCGAGAGAACAUGUUCAGGUACAUCUGA